AGAUACUGCCUACUGCCUGUGCAACUUCGCCGAUGACUCCUUGUCCUUCAGCGUGAAGACCUCUGGUGUCAGCGGCUCCUCUUCUAGCAGGAAUUGGAUAGAGGCUGCAGACUGACAGGACAGAACAGAACCUGAGGGGAACCAGUCAGCUAUUAACCCAGGGAGAGAGGAGCUUCUAGACUUUUGUUUGCUGACAAGCAACUGAAUGAGGGCUGAUGAAACACGCCACAUUUUAGGUCCCACUGUAACCUUAGAAAUCAUCCCUGAAAGAAGAUCAGCGGGAAAGAAUGGGUUCACAUGAAGGAAAGCUCAAAACUCCUCAGACCUACCCAGUACAUUAUGUCAGCUGUCAAUGACACCAAAUUCAAAUUUGCAGUGUUCCUUCUCACUGGGAUACCUGGGCAGGAAAACGCAUAUCUCUGGAUCUCUGUCCCCUUCUUCUUAAUGUAUGUUAUUUCAAUAGUAGGAAAUUCAGUCAUUCUGUUCAUUAUAAAAACAGAUCCAAACCUCCAUGAGCCCAUGUACAUUUUCCUUUCCAUGUUGGCCGUCACAGACCUUGGCUUAUCAAUAGCCACCAUGCCGACGAUACUGGGCGUAUUCUGGUUUGACUCUAGGGAAAUCAGCCUCGAUGCCUGUUUUGCCCAGCUGUUCUUCAUCCACACGCUUCAAUGCAUCGAAUCUUCCGUGCUCUUGCUGAUGGCCUUUGACCGCUUCAUCGCGAUCUGUAACCCACUGAGAUAUGCUUCCAUCUUAACCCUGCCAAGAAUUGCCAAAACGGGACUGGUGUUUGUGCUAAGGGGAGUAGCCCUAAUAUUCCCACUCCCUUUUCUCGUGAAACGGUUCCGAUACUGUCGAGCCAAUGUUCUCUCCCAUUCCUACUGCCUGCACCAGGAUGUCAUGAAGAUGGCCUGUGCGGAUAUCACAGUAAACAACAUCUAUGGCUUGUCUGUUGCACUCUUAACAAUGGGGUUGGAUUCGCUGCUCAUCUUCCUCUCUUAUGUGCUGAUCCUCAAAACAGUACUGAGCAUCGCAUCCUCCACAGAGUGCCUCACGGCCCUGAACACCUGUGUCUCUCACCUCUGUGCCGUCCUGCUGUUCUACAUACCAGAGAUUGGGCUGGCUCUGAUACACAGAUUCGGGAACAGCUCUUCUCACUUUCUUCAGAUUCUUCUGGGCUACGUCUACAUGAUGGUCCCACCCCUGAUAAAUCCAAUCGUGUACAGUGUGAAAAGCAAACACCUUCGUGCGAGGAUAAUCAGGGCAUUUGUGAAGUGA